AUGAGGAAAAAUGGUAAGGUGCGAAGUGCAGGUAACUUUGCACAUCAAAAGCGCCCGCAUAAACAAGAACACCAUAAGAAGCAGCACCAGCCGGCAAUGAAGAUAGGCAAAAAAGUUGGAACUAACGAUGAUUCAAAGAGAAGCUCAUUGCAACUCUUGCUGCCUAAAUCAGGGACUCAGAAUGACAGUUUACAGGUGGUAGUCAAGUGCUUCUGCAUGUCUGAUGAGAUGCUCAACUACGCCGUGGUGUGCGCCGACGAGGCACUCAGACAAAGCGCAACACGCAAAGACGUCGCCGCGUACGUGAAGCGGCACUUCGACGCGAAGUACGGUCCCCUCUGGCACUGCGUCGUGGGCCGCGACUUCGGUAGUUACGUGACGCAUCAGGAUCUCGGAUUCGCUGUCUUUCACAUUGGUGAAUGGGCUUUUCUUUUAUUCUCCACUCGUCCCUAA